AUGGAGCAAGUGUACUCGGGCCGAAGCCUCUUUAUCACGGGCGGCACGGGCUUUCUAGCCAAGACGCUCAUUGAGAAGCUACUAAGAUGCACCCCAGAGAUCGCCAAGAUCUUUGUCUUGAUUCGGCCCCGCAAAGGUGUAGCGCCAGCUGAACGGCUUCAGAAAGAGAUCAUCGAGAGUCGCGUAUUCGAUCGAUUGCGCGCGGAACGUCCGCACGAUUUCAAUGUAUUUGCAAGCGAGAAAUUGCACGCAAUUGCUGGCGAUAUGACGAAUCCGGACCUCGGACUCAGUGCCGACGACUCGCGGCUAUUACGUGCGUGUGUGGACAUCUCCAUCCACUCGGCUGCGACAGUGCAGUUCAAUGAGCUGCUCGAGGUGGCCGUGGAGAUGAACUGUAUGGGUGCGAUGAAUGUCGCUCGAUUUGUGCAAAGCUGUCCUAAGAAUCAGUGCCAUUUGCACGUAUCCACUGCCUAUGUAAAUAGCAAUCGACGAGACAUGAGGAUAUCAGAGGAGCUGUAUCCGCUCGAGUUUGACGUGCAGGAAGCGUACAAAGCAGUCACGACAGCUUCACCGAGUGAAGCGGAACGUUUGCGAGUGAAUCUGAUGGGAACGUAUCCCAACACGUACACGCUGACCAAGUCCAUGACGGAGCACCUGUUGGUAAAAGAGAUCGCGCCCAAUUUGCCGUUGGUCAUCCACCGCCCGACAAUUAUUGGUGCAAGUUGGAAAGAGCCCAUGCCUGGCUGGACUGACCAAAUUGCAGCAGCCGGGGCGAUUUUCCUGGCUGCAGGUAUGGGCGUGUUGACGAUGUUGCCGGGUGACCCGAGGAACGUUGCAGACAUUGUUCCCGUCGAUUUGGUAGUGAACAGUAUCUUGCUGUCUAUCUGCGCAAGUAUUCACGGCCGCACACACUUAUCACACGGCUCUUCUGGCCCGCUGACCAAGGACGUGACAGUGAACAAGCCGAUGAUAGUUCAUUGUGGCACGUCCGAUCCGCGGCAAAACCCGUUACGCUGGCGUGUGCCAUGCGUGCUCGUACCCGAAUACUUUCGCAAGAACCCGCCGGCACGAGGACUCUUUCCGGCCAAAUUCUCAAUGGUCCCGACGCACCAGAGCUUUCAGAUUCAGUGGUUUCUGACCUACGCGUUACCCUCGUCCGUUUAUUCGACAAUUGCCAAUAAGAGCGGGCAUCCAGGGCACAUUAAGAAUGCGGCAAAGCUGUGGCAACUCACAUGGCGUGCGCGGAACCUUGUCGAGCUUUUCAAGCCGUUUACGGAAAACCAGUGGAUUUUUGUUGCAGAUGCUGCAGAGAACACACUUGGCCCUUGGGCAAAUCAAGACUUCUGGAUCGAUUCUCACGAGAUUGCUUGGGAGCGAUACGUUGUGAACUUCUGUGUCGGGCUGAAAAAGUAUAUGCUGCACGAGGACGUCAUCGACGUGGACAUCGAAGGAGUCACGCAGACGCAACUUGCACUGAGCACUGGGCGCAUUCUGGAAUGGGAUCCAGACCACCAUGCCAUCUCGUUUCCCGGCCUGCUCUCGGAUGUGGCCUGGGCGUACACAUCAAGCCGCAAACCAGGGUACACGAAAUCCGGGCUGCUCGGUCGCGUGAUGGGGCUUACUGGAUGGAAGGAAGGCGUGAAUCACGAGGCAUCACACGUUCCUCGGCCCCAUGUCGAGUCCAUCAGUGGCCUUCGCAACAGCGUGUUGGAGUCAGAAGGCGUUCGCAGUGCGAUCAAAGCGUGUGCUGCGGCGCAAGGGAUGGAAUUGGACGAUGUAGAACGUCAGGCUGCCAGUAUCCUCGAGACUAUGGCCGCACAACUGGAUUACAAGGCUGUGCGUAAGUUUGGCUGGCUUCUCCGGAAGGUCUGUCGAAACAUGUACGACCAAAUCCAUGUGGACGAGAUGGGUCUGACUCAAAUUCGCGACCUCCUGGCCGACCGCCGUGGAAGUGUCGUUCUUGUCCCUACUCACCGAUCGUACGUGGACUUCUUGCUCAUGAGCUACGUGUUCUUCGCCUACAACAUCCCCGUUCCUUACGUUGCCGCUGGAGAAGACUUUUUGCACAUGGGCACCCUCACCAAACUGCUGCGUGAGUCCGGAGCUUACUUCAUUCGGCGGUCGUUUUCCGAUGAUCCCUUAUACACCGCUGUGUUCCGAGCUUACACCCAGUACUUGGUAUCGAGAGGACACACGAUCGAGUUCUUUAUUGAAGGCUCGCGCAGUCGCAGUGGUAAGCAACUGCACCCGAAGUUUGGUAUCCUUAGUACCAUUGUGGAUUGCUACGUAUCCGGGAAAGUCAAGAAUCUCUACAUCGUACCUGUGACGAUCGACUACGAGAAGCCGUUGGAAGUAUUGCUGCACCAGAAUGAGCUACUGGGCGAGGGCAAAAUUCGGGAGUCAAUCACGGCUUUGUUCAAAGCCAUGCCAGUCGUGCGAAAAAAGUUCGGCUCGAUCUCGGUGAAGUUUGGUGCACCGUUGGAUGUGAAGCAGUACGUGGAUGCAACAACCGCGCGCGCCGCGAAGGGGCAGGACAUCUCUGUGCCAACGUCUGCUAUCGUCGAAGAUCUGGGAUACGCCAUCACGGACGCACUGAUCGAGAACGCAACGUGUGCCAUGUCACACGUGGUGGCCACGAUUCUGUUGGUGUACCGCCAAGGGAUCUCGAAGCCAGAGCUUGUGCGCCAGGCAGAUCGGUUGAGACUGGAAAUCCUGCGUCGGGGAGGUCGCGUGGUGGGUACACAAGGCCGCUCGCCUACGGACGUUGUAGAUCGCGCACUCGAACUGCUGCAUGAACUUGUUAUCACGCGACGUAAAGACCUCGUCGAGCCUGCCGUCACCAGCCGCGAGCAAUACCCCAACAUGAUCGGUCUCGGCUACUACCGCAACAAGUUGCUGCACUGGUUCAAUCGCGAGGGUGUGCUGGCCUGUGCAUACCACGCUCUAGACGUCUUCAAUCUGCACUCAACUGCCAAGAGCAGGUCGGUAUCGAGCGUCCCGAAUGCAGCAGGUGUAGACCGUCAAGAGCUGCUCGAUGGCGCGUCCUUCCUGCACAAAAUGCUGACGAUGGAAUUCGUGCGCAAGGAUGACCCGGCAGCUGACAGCGCUCACCUCGCACAAGCGCUUGCACAUCUUGAGUCUCGCAAAGUGUUCCGCUCUGGAGCGACUGCAACUUCGUCCUCAUCAGUACGCGUGGAAGUUGUCGACGGCGCGAUGCUGUCGCUGCUGAGCACCCUCGUCUGGCCCUUCAUCGACAGCUACUGGGUCGCGGUCACGAGUCUGUUUGCUCUGCGCCCGCAAGGUGAAGUGACGACAGAGGACUUGCUCAAGCGCUUGCAGUGGCUCGCGGAGACGAUGUACCAUGAGAAACUCAUCAGCUUUUACGAGUCGUGCUCGCGCGAGACGCUGCAGAACGCUCUGACGUUGCUGGAAAGCUGGAGCGUCCUUUCAAGCCGCCGCCGAGCGAGCGCAGGAAACAAGAGCGCGUCUUCCAAAGCGAACACGCCAGCAGUGCAGCUCCUGAGCUUGACGUCGCAGUACGCGAAGGAGGGCGAGCUGGAGCAGCUUGCCAUGCGUGUGUCCACGUUCCGCAAGUUGCCUCCUGGCGUGCAUCCCGCAACAACGAGCGAGACGGAGGUGCUUGCACGGUUGCCUGCUUUCUCUCGCCUGUAG